GAUGACGAAACUGCUUCGAGCGAUAUCAUCAUUUGUUAAACCUGCAUAUGAAAAAGAUCUCAAAUCCGAUUGGCUAACGAGCCUUUCAACAACGCCUCGCAUAUCAAAUACGACAACGAGUCAAAGGUGGUUAUGACAACAUAUGGAGGAUUGAAAAAGAACAAAGUAUAAAUAUCUGGACGCGCAAAGUCCAAAAAAGUCACAAAAAAUACCAUCACUAAAAAAUUGAAGAUCAUAGCUUUUGUUUUUAAUCCAGCACCUGGUUUAAAUUCACUUCUAUUAUUCAUUUGGUAUCUGGCAAUAGCAAUCCGGUACUGAUUGACCUCGUUUAGGGCGGUUACUACAAAGACCUGCGUUUAUUGGUUCAACGAUUAUUGGAUGACGACAAACCAAGCAGCAAAUAUAGCCGACCGAAUAACGUGGCAUGACUUUCUGUUCUAAAUUGGGAAUUGCAGUUCUACCGUGAAAAUAGAAACGUCAUAAGUCAUAAAUAGUCUCUAACAAGAUCUGAGAUCUAUUGAACUUUACUAUCAUACCACAAUAAAGUUUGACCAAAGAAGUCGUAAAAUCAGAUCCGCAAUUUCGGGAUAUAGCAAAAUAUCACCGAAUACUUCUGCUCGAAAACUUGCCUAAUUAAAACACUACAAGGUUAUUUUUGCAUCAUACACCUUUGCUCAAAUCAAUUUGUCUGUUUUUAAAUUCAACUUCAGAAUCAAAAGGUUUGAGUCAGAAAUUUUUCCUAGCAGGAACGGAAAGUGCAAACCAUAUUGGACUUUUUUUUACAAAUUGAUCUGAACUUAUACCUUCACUCGUGAAAUUUUCCUUGCGAGUUCGAUUAAAAAUUGAUUUCCCGCUUCAGUAUACACCAUACGAACAGAGUUAAUUUUGGUCGCCUGUCUUCUCGUAUCGAAUUCAGUCAGUUUAUACUUAUAGUACCAUUAGGGAGCACAUACGUCAUUGGUCUGUUUGUCCCUUUUACCAGUUCGAAUUCCUUCAUUCCAUUCCAUUCCUUUCCUUAUACUUACUAUAUAUUUCCCGCAUUCACUUUAAUCUCAGCUCGGUUGCCAUUCGUCAUUUUAUUAUCUUGUCUCUUCUUCUAUCGGUGGUACACUAUCUGUCUUACCAACAAACAGUUUCCUCUCAGUUUCAGUUUUCAUAGCACAGCUCACUUCCUAAAUUAUAUUCCUUCCACUUAGUAGCUCUUCGGUUUGGCUUCAAAAAAUAGCAGAAACAGUACCGUUCGCGAUACUUUUUAACUUCAACUGCGGCGUCUACAAUUUCCUGAACAAGUCAGAAUUGCCGAAAACUGAACUUCUUAAAGUUCCAAACUCGGAAAUUUCGCUUGUUUACAGAACAGGGAAUCAAAUCAUUACUAGGGUAAUCGAAUACAGUGAACUUUCAAGGAGAGACACUUGGUAAACAUAACAAUCAGGUAGUUUCCACCGCAGUUCAAAUUUUGCCCUGCUAGAAGAAAUAUUCAUUUUUCUUCACCUGACUUCGAAUUUCAGCCGCCUGAUUGUUUCUUUUGGGAGAACAACUCACUCCCACAACCACCUUUGUUGACAAGGUACAAACCGCACUCACCGCAAAAACAACACCCACGUGACCCUUUUGUUUACUAAAACAGGGCCGCACUUCCAAACAACCGCAAACGAGACAAGUUAUUUCUUUUUCAUACCAACUUGAUUUGAAGUCGGUUUUGGAUUAAUUGUCCUUUUUGGUACUAAACUAUUUUUACACCUCUGCUAGUAUAUUUAGUACAAAAAAGCUAGUAACAGUUUCAUGCUACUAUUAGCUUCUGACGUAAAAACUUUUGUCAUCUGAACAUUUUACAUCAACUUUCGAAUCGUUAAUUAAAAUCGUUAAAAAGCAUUCCGUCGUCAAAAGAACGACGCAUUAAGACGGUUUAAAAAGCAAACCGCAAGCAUAUUUUCAAUUGAUUAUAAAAACUGCACUAAUUCUGUUGCAACGUUUGCAAAAAUGGGUAAACAGCAUUCAGAUCAACUGUUAAUGUCCGAUUAUUCUUUAAACCCAUCUUCGUUAAGUAUGACGCCCGAGCAUUUCCUUUCGCUGCAGAAAAUUGAGCAGCCUGUUCAAGUGAUUCCCAUGCAGAUCAUGCAGAUUCCAACUUUAUCUUUAUCACCUCAACUACGCUUCUACACGCCAAAGGUGAUGUCGCCGGUCGACCAAACCAUAGACGUCGCAUGGAUUCUAGCAUCAUUGCCACAAAUCCAUGAACAAAAGUCGCAACAACAUCCCCAUUUUCAGCCUGUUUUUCAUUACAACUCAACACCAUCACCGCCGAGAAUAAUUUCAGAACUAGAAGCGGCACAGAUGGUGCAACAGAAGCAGGCCGAGAACCGAGUUCUCAAACCACUUCUCUCAUCAAAUCAAGAAACAGUUCAGAUUCUGAGGAGGACCGGACACACAAUUCCUAAAGUCAUACCACAGGAGCCGACAGAUUUCAAAGCGCAACAGAACGAUAUGAGACUGCACCUUGCAAAUGUUUUAGCAUCCAGAGAGCAUGGCAUAUUUCAAGACAACUCUUCAAUUUUUGACUACGGAACGCCUCUACGAAUACAGACCCAAAAUAAUCAAGAAUUUUGUUCGUCAUUGAACACUGGCAAUUUGCUCGCUGUUAACGAAAGCAUGCUCAUUUCCGAGAAGCAUCGAACUUCUAGUGAGAGCUCAUCUGCUUUCCACAAUCAGUUUACUUCUGUGAGCGAGAAAGUAACUGAAAGCGUUGAUAAGAGUUGCACGGAUGCAGAUAGAUCGUUUAACAUGGACAAGGGUCGAAACUCACGUCCUCCAUCUGAGGAGUCAACGGAUUGUAUGAAAAGAAAAACUGAUCUCGCUGGUUCCUUGCUGCCAUUCAAAAAGCGAAAGUUUUUCCCUUGUGCUACCCCCGUUGAGCCCAAGAUCGAAAGUGAAAAGAACGACACUCACAUCCAAAUCAAACAGAGUCCAUCAAGAAGUCAAGAAACAUUCUCCAAGCAGGAGAUGGACUUGGAAGCUCCUCGACAACAUCAAGUCAAACGGGAGUUUAAAUACGAAGACCUUUCUAGCCUACCAGAAAAUUUCGCGUUUUUCGGAAACAAUAUGCAAAAUAUCUCCGGCGGAAGUGAAGCAAAGACGUCGCAAAAUCGGACGGCAGUAACGCCGAAAUCGACCAAUGAUGUGAAAAUGUUCAGUCCGAUGACUUUCAGCUCGUGCUCGUCCCCCGCGCUCUCCACGUCGUCUGGUGGAUCGCAUUCGGCUCAUGACAAUUCGGGAAGUGGUUCGGAGAAGGCGACUCUGACUUGUUUCAUCAGACACAGAUCACAAAAUAUUCCGAAAGAGAAGUCAUUCACUUGCAAUCACGAGAACUGCGAUAAAGCGUAUGCUAAGUUGGCACAUCUCAAAUCUCAUAUGAGAAUUCACACAGGAGAGCGACCAUUCGCCUGUGAUUGGGACGGAUGCACAAAGCAGUUCGUUCGCUCAGACGAAUUGAAGCGUCACCGAAGAGUUCACACUGGGGAGAACCGAUUCCAGUGUCCCAUCUGCCUCAUGAAGUUCAAGAGGAGCGACCAUCUGACCAAACACGCACGCAAACACGCCGAGUUCGACAUGAACAUGUUGCGACGACCCGAGGACAUUGAGAAACGUCGACGAGAGAUGGAACAACAACUAUCGCAAAAUCAUGAAAACAAUAACAAUAGUGAUGACAAUAGUAGCUCCAAAAAUGAAGAAAUGCACUCAAAUAACUUUAAUUCUAAUGAACUACAUGAUCAUGUCGAAACCGAGCAGUAGAGUACAUGCCUCUAAAAGCUUCUCGAGGUACUUUGAAUUUGGUUCAUACAGAAAAAUUCAACUGAUCAACUACCAUAUUGUUUAAUGUUCUACCCGAUAUCUGUCUUUUCACUAACUCACGAGGAAAAAAACUAAUUUAUAAGUGAUUUGUGAAUCUGGUGCUACUUAUUCUAUCCGUGAAUUUCCCUCGCUGUUAAUCGAUCGUGCUUUGUUAUUUACCAAUGGUCGCUUUCGAAUUAUUUGAAACGCUCAAAUUGUUCAAUCUGGACCCGAGACGUGAUAACUCAAGUAUUAAUCCCAUCAGUGUAAAUACGUGUCUUACUCUUGAUUUUGAAUUCACAACCGAAAAUAGUUUAAUUUCAAUAGUGGAGCUCAAAGCUUUUGCUUUCCAACUUCAUUGGACGAAUAAGCCAAAAUCGCUGUGCGGUUACAAAAUGUAUUAUUCAACUGACGUUGUUGUUAGAAAAAGAAUGGGGCUAUUUAGUAGUUAAUUUGGUAGUUAUUUUAACCUUGAUGGUAGAAAUAAAUCUGUACAAAUGUUUUGUUUAGCUAGAUAGUUUAUAUUU